GUGUCAUACUGCUAUCAAUUUGCUAUCAAUUUUCCCCCCAUUAAUAUAUGCAACUAUAUCUUGAGCCGGGAUUAAGUAUGCCUCCAAAGAUCCCAUGGGACUCACAACAGGCUUUUAAGUAUUAUGGUCGUUGGUGUCGAAUACUUAUAUGAAUAUAUCUCCUGGGUAGAAUACUCGUGGCGGGGGGUAGUUCACUAGAAAUGCUGGUGUGAUAGUGAGCUUCAGCGCGUAUCUUCCGUAUUUACGGGCGCUGAGCAGGGUACACAUAGCAUUACCGAACCACGCCCUAUGGGUGCGAAUCGACCCAAAUGUCGACCUCACAAUUGAUAUACAAUCGGGAAAUAGAGGGGACGAUUGUCAUCAAGGAUGGCUCGUAUGAACAACAAAUACCGUCUUGAAUAAAAGCGGAACGCGUUCUUCAUGGAGAAAUUGGUUCUUACCGACCGUGCCGAAUUCUUGCAUAAAAAUCCCCCAGAUUCCCCAUUCGAUAACCCAAUCCAUAUAUCUUAAAACAAAUGUCGCCGUAGUUGAGGCGAUCCACCAUUUACACAGAAAAUAUCAAUAAGAAUGGAUAUUCGAGGUGUCGUUAUUGUGACGGGAGCCGGCGGUGCGAUCGGCAGAGCAGUCGCCCUAAGGUUGGUUUCUUUGGGCGCUAAUAUAUUGGUGUGCGCCGACCUGGAUCUCCAUGCUGCAGAGGAGACGGCGGCCUUGUGCCGAGAAAACAGGCGCCUCAUCAAUUCGGGGGAUUUCAACGUGACGGCACAUUCACUCGAUGUCCGCGACGAAGCAGCUGUUGAUGGCUUGGUGAAUGAAGCUGCCAAAACUUAUGGCCGUAUUGACGUACUUAUCAAUGCCGCGGGUGUCGGUGCCGCAGACCAGACAACAAUUCGCGACAUGUCCCUUUCGGAAUGGCGCAGGCUUGAUGACAUACACAACAUCGGAUGUUUCUUGUUGACUCGCGCUGCACUGCGUGUCAUGGAUAAACAGGACACUGUCGCGCCAACAAUCGCUGGCCGGACCCCGAUUAGGGGAGCGAUUGUGAUGCUUACGUCGCUUGGGUCGGAAGGCGCUUUUGUUGGAAUGGGUAAUUAUAUUACAGCGAAGCACGCUGUUAAAGGGAUGGUGCAGACUGCUGCUAUCGAAAACGCCGCGCGGGGUAUUCGGGUCAACGCCGUUGCGCCAUCGUACGUUUCAGGACCGAUGAUGGAUAAAUUCCUCGACGCGGCACCUGAGGUGAAAAAGGCCAUGCUUGGUGAUCUACCCAUGGGUAGAAUGGUUUCGCCUGAAGAGGUUGCGGAUGCCGUAGCGUUCCUCGCUUCUCCAGCCUCAAGCUACGUGAAUGGGCAUACGCUAGUAGUUGAUGGCGGCGCGUCGCUGGCAUUAACAAAUACACCGUUCGGUAGUAGGUCUUGAUGCCCUAUAAUAGCAAUAUAGAGCAC